AUGGAUGAUGCGGUCGCUGUAAAAAUAAACACUGAUGAGAUAAUUGAUUUUGGAGACUUUUGUGUAAAAACAUUGGAAAAUGUGAUCCUUAUGGAGAGGAUAAACAUGAUUGGCGACUGCAUGGAGGCGAUCCAUCACGAGGCAGCGAAUCGAGGAACGGCAGCCUCUCUUGACAGACUAAGGGAGAUGAUUGGUGUGAAGACAAAGCCUUGUGAGUACGAGAUUGUGAAGAACAUUGCGAAGGGCGGAUAUGGCGAGGUUUUUCUUGUGAGAAGAGAGAAGGUGUAUGCAAUGAAGAGAGUUGCUAAAGAGCUUGUGCUGAAACAACCUCAUACUGCGUUGUUUAUGGCAGAGAGGGAGGUGAUGGUUGGCAGUAUUGGAAGCGAGUGGCUUGUAAGUGCACAUCUAACGAUGCAAGAUGGCGAGUAUCUGUACUACCUGAUGGACUUUGUGCCUGGGGGCGACUUUAUGGGCCUGUUGUCGAAGGAGGAUGUGCUGGAGGAGAGCUGGAUAAGGUUCUAUGCAGCAGAGAUAGUGCAGGCUCUUGAUGAGCUGCACAAGCUUGGGUGGAUUCACAGGGAUUUGAAGCCGGACAAUAUCCUGAUAGCUGCGGAUGGCCAUGUGAAGCUGGCGGAUUUUGGAAGCUGUAUCAGGAUGGUUGAUGGCAAAGCAAGAUCGGCAAUCACUGUUGGAACACCGGACUAUGUUUCGCCGGACGUGUUAUGCUCUGUAAAUGAGGAGUGUGAGUAUGGAGAGGAUGUGGACUUUUGGACGCUUGGAGUGAUUAUUUAUGAGAUGGUGUAUGGGACUACGCCUUUCUAUUCGGAAACACUGAUGGAGACGUACCGAAGAAUAGCAAAGGUUGAGCUUGGAUUUCCAUUCAAGGUAUCUGCAGAGCUGACUGAUCUGAUUACAAGAUUGGUCACCACCAAGGAGCAAAGGCUUAGAGUAGAGGAGAUCAGAAAGCAUCCGUUUUUCAACGGAGUUGACUGGGAACGAGUCAAGGAGCUGGUGCCGCCAUUUAUUCCUGAGAUAAAGGACGACCUUGAUACAUCGCACUUUGUAGAUACGCAUUUUGAUGCGGAAAAGGGAGGAGGCGAGGAGAAGGGAAACUAUGUGCCGUUUGUAGGGUUUACGUUUGAUCCGUUGUUUGCACAGAGAUUUAGGGAUGUCUUGAGAAGUGAAAUUACUGCUGACGAGGAGACGAGAUACCGCGAAGAGUUGAAGAGCAAAGGCGCGGAGUAUGAGCAGAACCUACAGAUGCUGUCGAUAGAGAUGCGUGAGAGUAGCAAAAGGCUGAAUGUGCGGAAUGGGGAGCUACAGGAGGUUGAGGCGAAAUUGAUGGAUGCAAAGAUGCUGCUGAAGGAGGCAGAGGAUGGAGCAUUGAAGCAUCAAGAAGAGCUGAAGGGUGUACUUAUGCAAUUACUUACAGAGAGGGAAGAGCUUGAUGAGAUGAGAGCAGAAUUAGAAAGAUGUAAGAAGAGCUUGAAGAGUAUCAAUGAAGAUAUAUGCGACGGGAGAAUGAUUUCUGAGGAACUUCUGCUUGCAGAGAGUAAGUCAGGAAUUGGCAAGCAAGAGAUGGAUGAAAUCCGAAGGAGCUGGCAGGCAAUGAAGAACGAGAGCAGUGGAAUAGAAAGUCUUGUUGCGGAUGUAGAAAUUAUGGUUGGCAAGCUGUGGAUGAAGAGCAAAUGGAUGAAGUCUGAGGUUGAGAUGUAUAAGGAGAAGUAUGGCAAUGCAGUUGAGAUGAUGAUUAGAGUGGAGGCAGAAAGCAAAAUGAUGGCUGAGAAGCUGAAAGCCGAGGGCCUUGAGGGAUUGCGAAGACAACUCCGUUUUAGAAUAGCAGAGGUGAAGGAGUAUGAACAGAAGCUGAACCAAGAGAUUCUUUUUAGAAAGAGUGUUGAGGAGGAGCUGAGUUUUUUGAAGAAGGAGAAAUCCAGAGAGCGGAGAACCAAUGCUAGGCAACAGUUUUCCUGCAGUGUUGUUGGAGGAGAUGGCAGCACUGUUACAAUACGGAUUGAGAACGACAAGUUUUGGAUCGGAGACGAAUCUCAGCAUGGAUGUAAUGUGUAUGUUGGCGAGCUGAGGCCUAACGAGCUUCACCAUCUUGCACAGAAGAAGGUGUCGUUGACGUUGAAAAUUGUCUUUAUGAACGAGGAAGUCAAGAGCGUCAGCUCGUCGGGAAGAAGAAGCCUUCGGUCGCUGGAGGAGGAUCUGAGCACAGAGAUGGCGAUCAAAGAUGGGAUAGAGAAGAUCAAGGUGCUUUUGCAGGGAAAGACGCUUGACGAGGCAAACAUGCAGCUUGAGGGGUCGAAUAGAAAAAUUGCACAGCUGGUGGCAGAGAUAGAAAGAAGUAGGCGAAGCACAAUUGUGGAGGCAAUUCCUGACGAUCCCGUGAAGAUUUACGAAUUCAACAAUCAUCUGUUCACAAAUAAGACUGUGCCCCAAGGAACCUUGUGUGAUUUUUGUAAUGAAGUGCUUUAUGGUGUAGUGAACCAAGGAUUUGAGUGUAGAGAUUGCAAGAUGACCGUGCACAAGUCUUGCUAUGUUCUUGGAGAUGUCUCAUGUGAGCUGUAUUCAGCGCUGAAAACUGGCAAGACAUACUAUGUUACUAUGAGAACGCUCGAAGAGAAGGAAAAGUUGCUAAAAGCAUAUUCUGGAUACUGA